AUGGCACCGAAAGCUUUGACGGAUUGCCCCGAGAACCUGCGAGAGGCGAUCGAUUGGCUCAUCCAGGUGAAGCACAGUGGAGGGAUUCUGACGCUGUCCGAGGCUCUAGGUGAGUUGUUUGACAAUGUUGUUCAGGACGCUGAAAAGUCUCUGUCGUCUCUACCCGAAUCAGACCAGCCGUCCGCCAGAGAUGUUAUUUCGGGACUUACAGCGUUUAAGAACGCUAUUACGAAAAACUCUGAGAAUCCUAAUCAAGACACUCUACAUAAUCUCUGUUCCGCCUUUGAGACAUUUUUAGGCUAUAAACCUCCUGGAACCUACGACGGUUCCGGGAUUGUGUAUGGCUCCGCCUCCCGUUUGUGCGAUGCCAUCAUACAGUUUUUGCAUAGCGUGUUCAGUGAUGUCCGUGAUAAUCAGCCGUACGUUGUUGGUAGACCAGAGUUAAGUAGUGUUGUUGGUGAGCUUGAAAAGACCAGGUGGAGUGGGCACCAUGGCUUUAAGCAUGUCGUCCCCAAGGUGGCCAGUGGCCUCCGUAAGUACAACGAGGAUGUCAAGGCCUCGAACGAAAGAGUGAAGCAGCUGAUCAGUGAGUUGCUUGACCAUGUGAAUCCGGGUGGUGAGUUGCUUAAACGCGUUAAUGGUUUGCAGGUUGACAAUGUUACUGAGGAAGAAGUUAAGAAUGCCGAGGGGCUGGUGGAGGAAUGUCAAAAACGUGCUGACGCAUUCUACAAUAAUAUGAACACUGUGGCCAGCACAACUAGCGCAAUAAAAGACUUAAAUCCUACGUUGCGUGAUAAAGUUAUGACUGCUAAGAAACAUAUGGCGCAAGAAAGGAAGCGUCUUCAGAACCUGACGCGGAAGCAACUUGAAAAUUAUAAUGCUAUGGUAAAAGUUAUUAGAAAGGCUUUGAGGGAGCUGGAGGACAGUGUAAGUAAAAAGAUUAUCGAUGAAAUUGAUGCGCUCGUUGAAAAGUUAAAGAGGGUGGUCGAAAAAAUCAGAGCAAAGCUUGUUGACACCUAUCUCGAGUUGGGAAAAUAUGUCGACGAGCUGGAGGCUUGGAUCACGGAGGCCAAGAAAUUCAUUGCAUUCGCGGACCAGAAUGUUAAGGAAAUCUUGGAUGAAGUUGAUGCAGAAAAAGGUGAAAAAAGGAAGGAAAUUGAGGAAAACGUAAAUAAGAUUAACAACGGACUUGACAAGGAAACCAAGGAUUUGCAGACAUGGAUUAAUAACGCCGAGGAAACGCGUGGAAAGGCUGAAAGAAGAGCGAAAGAGGCUUUUAAAAUUCUCAGUUAUUACAAGAAUUAUAAAAGCCGUGAAAAGACAGAGCUUGCUGAAAAUAUUCAGAAAAUCCUUGACGCUAAAGAACAAAUUGUGAAAAUUAAUACCGAGCUUACAAUAAAUAUUGGUGACCUGGAAAACUGGAAAAAUGCGGCAGACGGUUUGAUUAGUGUUGUGAUUUCAAACUCUAAAGACGUGCGCGGGAAGUUAAGUCCUGAGAAAAAUUCAGGGCAUGAUGUCGGUAAGCAAAUCGGAGAGAUUGUGACAGCGAAUAAGAAAAUUGAUCAGGCUAAUCAAAAUCUUGCCACCCAUCUUGGGAGUUUGAAUGAGUGGAAGCAGCAGGCUAAGACAGUACUUCAAGGGGCGAUUCAAAAGGCCACAGAAGUUUGGACCGCCUUAGAUGUAGAUGAUACGGGAAAGGAUAUGCAGCUUGGAAAAAAUAUUGAAGCCAUUAUAUCAGCUAAUGACUUAAUUAAAAGGGCAAAUAAUGAUCUUAAUACAGAAGUUCAGCAUUUAGGUAAGUGGAGGGAUGCCGCCAAGGAUGUUAUUAACAAGGCAAAUAAAAAAUGUGAUGAUGUUUUGAAUAAAGUUGACGUAUCUAAGAAUUCAGGGAAUGAUGUCGUAAUACAAAAGCAAGCUGCAGCAUUGCAGAAAAAAGCCGCGGAGCUUCUAAAGGCAUACGAGGAGGCUCAUAAAGCAGUUCAGGCAUUAGCUAGCAAACACGUUCCCGCCGCCAUUAAAGACUUGGAAUCUGGCAUGAAAGAGGAUUUGGAGAGGCUGCAACAGAGGAUUGUUCAAAGCAUGAAGACGCAUGUUGGUUUGAUGCUUGGGGAGAUUCAGGGGGAGGUGAAGAAGAUUAAGGGGGAGAAAGGGAGUGGUGACAAGAAUACAGGCGGCGCAGGCCUAGAAGGGAUUGUCACCGGAUUAGUCGGCAGCUAUGCCAGUGUCUUCAAGGAUAAUUUUGAAAGCAUAGUUAACGGAUGGUUGCUAAAAAUCUUGGGGAUGGAUGAACACCAGGAGAAUACCAAGGUGAAAGAGUGGCUUAAUCAAUAUGCUAGAGAGAAGACGAGUAAAGGUUUCACAAUUGCCUCAUUUCGUAAUACAAUCAUCCGCAAGAUUAAGGAGAAGCUUAGGGACGAGGAAAUUAAGGGAGCCGGUGACAUUGUACAACAUCAUAUUGCCAAAGCCAGCGAUAAAAUUGAAGCAACUGUGGAGGCUGUGAAAAACGGCUGCGAUGAAUUUGUCAGGCAGCUGGAUGACAAAUUCCAACAGGGACUUAUCAACCUUGCCACGGAGAUUUUGCGGGGAACUCCAUAUAGUCACACCGGCCAACCAGUCUACUUCGUCACCGAACUGGCCCUCAUAGCUCUACGCGCCACUGCCAACCAGGUUGCCAACGAGCUUGAAUCUGUCUUCCUCGGCACAUACAGGAUGGGUGGCGAGAGUGGCGGCAAAUGCAUCGCAAGCGAAUUCGACAGAGCCGUGCAAGCAACCAGGGAUCUGGAAAAGAAUUUGCAAGCGGCGCAUGAUAAGGCAAUUACACAGGGCAGUGCCCCCGCAUCUCCCCCAAGCCCAGGCACCAAUGAAAUUCUGAAGAAAGUAAACGAGAUUGAGCAGCAGGUUAAAGGUGUCAUUCCGGAUAAAAAGGAAAUGGAGAAAAGGUUUAGCACCGAUGUCAUGACGUCCUAUAAUAAAGCAAAAACCCCCGGCCAAGGCAAUAAGUACAACGAAUUGGUUGCAGCUAUACCCUUGGCGAUGAAUAAGUUCAAGUCGAUGGAUGCUUUCAAGGAUGUGUCUGAAUUCGAAGGACACACUGGACUACAGAAGGAACUUCAAAAAGGUACCGUAGGAACAGCCACGCAAGCAGUCAACAAACAUCUCUCCGCAAUCGAACAAGAACUCCAGGACAUCGCCGGAAUGGUGGACAGCAGCAAGAAGAAGACGCAGCCACCCAGCAAACCGGAUGAAUAUGGUAUCACGCAAUUGUUGAAUGAUCUGAAAACCAAGGGGCUUGAAAAUGGUGACACAGAGUGGACACCGAUUUCUGGUGGUACACCAGUCCAAGGCCUUGAGAAAAUUAGGGAGGCGAUUGAAACUUUGCAACUUGUUGAGUUCACUAACCAACCCAUAGAAAUUAAAGCAGCCGUCCAAGAAAUUAAGGAUCACCUCAAAAAGCUUCGAGACGAUCUGAAAGCCACAAGUGGAAAUAAAUACGACGUCAUUAACAGACUGAAUCAUAUAAUAAAUGAAGGGCUCGGCACAACGGAAAUAUCUUGGAAUGGCAGAAAUGGCCUGAUGAAAAUUCAUGAAGAGAUUGAAACUCUGCAACUCGUUGACUUUACUAAUCAUCCCAUUGGCAUCCAAGACGCAGUCGAUGUUAUUACCCAAGAACUUCAAAAACUUCGGAGUGAUCUGGACAACAAUGUUACAAACAAGUUGCAAAAGCUGCAAAGGUUCGGCCUUGAAAAUGGUGGGUACGACUGGGAUGGUCAAAACAGAAAUGUGAAGGGCUUCGACACAAUCAAGGAGUAUGUCAAAGAGCAGAAUGAAGAAUUGGGAAAGCAGCCCAACGCCAUUGAAAAAGCCGUAGAAAACAUCAGAGUGGAGCUCGCAAAAAUCGGAAUCAAGUUGCACAAUGUCAUGCUUGACGGUGACGUCGUGGACCACUUGAGGACCCUGAGAACUCUAAUUUCCAAACAUGACAAAAGACAUGGCCUCCAAGCAAUCCAUAAAGCCCUCAACGACGUCCACACCCUGGUGCCGGUCGUCGGCAUAGGACUCACAGAGCUGUGCGAGGCGGUGAAGCUACCGGGACUCAGCGUCAAGGAGACAGUGGAGAGGCUGAGCACUCUGAUCGAUCAUGACUACGUGGUCAUCAACGGCUGUGAGCAGCACGGGCUGAACGAAAUUAAGAAUAAGCUCAAGAGGCUGCGGGCCGAUCUGCUGAGCGGGCCCAUAGAGGCCUGCGAGCAGUUCCUCCGGGACGCCGACGAGACCGGCAGGCUGGCCAAGCAGAAAAUCAGGGAGCAUCUGCGUGAGCAAAUAAGCAUAGCCGAGGAUGCCAUGAUCGUGCAGGCCAACGCAAAUUACGUGUCAAGCGUGAAACAAAUGCUGCAGCAAUACGCCUCGAAGGUGAACAGCGAGCUGGGCAAACUGCCCGACGAAAUCGAUCACGACUUGGCGAUAGGCUUCAAGGGCUUCGUGAAGCAGAUUGCUGGUGACAAUAACGGAAACAUAAAUUUGCUCAGGGAUGCCGCCAGCCUCCGCGAUUUGUCGUAUCGCUUCAACGUCUUCUGCGGCCGGUUGCGUAUGUACCUCGAGGCUGAGAUCAAGAGAGAGCACGACGAAAAUAUGUCACAAAGAAAUCCCGUUGCUCGGGACCCUGAGACCCUGUACACCAAUAAGCUCGCCGAAAUUUACACAGCACUUAAUGACCUACUUGGCCACUUAAUUCGGCAAAAUCGCUACGACCCUGAGAUGCCUGGUAAACUUGACAAACUCAUCGACGCUGUGAACGCUCUCAGGCCACAAGGCUUUACUAAGCCCAACAGCCCCCUGCUUGAUGGCAUCGGGGAAGGGCUGCGUGCGUUCGUUGAGGAACUAAGAAACGUGUACAUAUCAACAUACGACGGAGCCUUCGACGACUGCAUCCUCUACCACGCGGCGAAAAAGACGCACACCCCCGAGGCUACCAAGUGCGCCAUGAUCCUUCUGACCAUCACUGACACUUUGUUCCGCGCCGUCAAUAAGCUCAGAAUGGGUUGCACAGAUGAGUGGGCGUAUUACAACAUUAACGUCGGCUGCGGCCUCGGCGUGUUCCUCCAGGGCUGCGGCUACCGUGUGGCGUCCGCCACAGUUAAGCACAGCGAACUGCGAAAUGACAGUGACUGCAGCGGCGAGAAGAUUAGAAAGCUCAUCGACAAUAUCAUAGAGCCUCUGGGCGCACUCCACGAUUUUCUCAAAUGUUACCUGCGUGCCAGCCACUUGCACAUUCCCACAGAGCCCCGGUACCCCUGCACCGUCAGGGACAUGCUGGCGUGGUUCGCCGGUCUCCCCUACACCGCAGUCUACAAAAGCAUACAACCGCAUUGCCAUAACUUGUCUGGUGGCGAAACUGAUGAGGUGCUUAAAUAUUGCUUGGCCUGCAUCCCCGGCGCCCUCGGCCUUUUGACACAUCACAGCAGUACCCUGCUGGUCACCGUCUGCGGUAACGGCCGCGGCUUCGACCACGCCGACUUCCAAUACGCCUGCAACUUCUGGGACAACACACGCGGCUUUCAUUACCCCUCAGACGUUGCUGAGCUCCUGAACAUCCUGGCUCGCCUGUGUAAACGUGCAUUGCGUGCACUCAACUUCUUGCGCGCCCGUUGCCGAUACGAAGCGUCCAUGGCCCACGGCUGGUCACAGUGCCGGUACGGCAGAAGCGUCCCCGCCGCCAACUGGCAGUGCAACGACCACUCGACGGACCAAGCAACUUGCCAACCAAAAUCGCCGCUACAAGCGCACCUAAUGGACCAGUUACUCGGCUUGUUACCACAUAAGCUGACGUCCGUCGGUUGUGACUCUGAAUGUUCGACGUGCCAUACGGCAUCCCCCGGCCAGCAGUGCGUCACGCCCAUGGGCUUCUGGGACCUGCCACGUGCGGGGUCUAGAACGGGCGUCGGCAGAGAUAUAUUCGCCGUGCUCACCGCCUUGUGCAGCAAUGCCGAGUCACCGUUGCCCUCCCUGCUGCGGUGCCUUUCCUCAAUUAACCCCUGCCCGCCUCAAAGUCUCGGCGACAUGUUUGCCUUCUUCUGCAACUUGGCGCAGUGCCGCGGCUUGGAUCACAGGACACAACGUCUGAAGUAUGUUGACAACUCUGGCUUCACUGCCCACCUGACGAGUGCUGCAAUUCCCAGCGUCUCCAUGAACCUCUGCCCAAGUACGCAGGCGGUGCGAUUGACCAGCGCGCUGACCGCAUUGUACCACUCCCCCGCCGACCACGCCACUGCAGCCCAGGCGGACACCGACACCGACAAGAACACCAACACGGACACCCACUCGGACCUGUCGAGCCUCACCGUCCGAGCGCACUGCUCCGACUCACUAACCUGCGCCCCCUACCUACAGCCUCUCUCCUUCCACGCCUGCCACACCUUCGCUGAGAAGCACGCGGAGGUAUAUUUGUCGUGGGUUAUCUACACCGCAUGGCAAUUCUGGUACCUGCUCCAGCAAUUGCUCAACGCCUUUCAAGACAUUGACUGCGCGGGCUCCGGGUGCUCGACAUGUCCUUGCAAGCCAGGUAAACAUGGCGUCGACCGCAACUGCAAGUGCAAGGCACUGAUGAGUUGUCACGGAGUCCUGCCGACGUUCCACGCAUAUGGAUUUACAUUUGGAAACACGAGAGCCUUGCACGGCAAUAACAGAAAAUAUUGCCGUAAUUUCCGCACGCAGCUCAGCCAAGUCCUACACUCCGACCACUUUACGGAGUUGUUCAAGCAAAUCGACCAACUCCUCUAUCGCAUCCGUGCCCCCUUCCUCUUCACCAUCAUCACACUCUGGCUCAUCGCCACGAUCUACAUCCUCCACUCACUGCUCUACCGCAUGGACGUGCUGCACAUCCGCUCCCACCUCCUCACCACCAAGACCUCCCACCUCAUCGACAUCAAGGCGCUGCUCGCCGGAAGCCGAAGGAUGCUCUCACUCUACAAAGACGUCGACUACUUCGACGAUGACUCUGUGGGCCAACUUGGAGUGUCACGUGGUGAUUAUUUGUGCCGGUGCAGCGUGCCUACCACCAUAAUGUUACACGAAAUCACUAAGCUUGCAUAA